AUGGUAUUGAGGAAUAACAAAAAAACUGGUGAACCAAAAGAAUUAAGUAAAUUACAUUCGGCUUUGAUAGUUCUUGUCAGUAUAGUUCCACUCACUUUCGCUUGGGCAAUGCUUAGAUUUUACAUCUUAAAAACUAAUGACUUUAUUUGUAAAUAUUGCCGUAAAGAAUAUGGAGGGAUUUCCCAUUUCAAUGUUGAAAGGUUAAAAUUGGCUCUGUUGGUAGAGGUGGCCAAAGUAGAAUUAGUUGAUUGUUUAGGUUAUUUUUUAGGUUUAGUUGGUAUUUAUCAAAUUGAUAUAUCUAAAAUCGAAAUUGGUACAAAAGUAGUGGACAAACCACAGGAUUUACCAUUUAACGAAUUACUGCUAGAUUUUUUUGCUAAAACUAAUGAUUUACAUGUAGAAAGGGAUGAACGACUUUAUAAUUCAGGGAAGAACGAAAUUAUCAAGGACAAAACAAAAAAUACUUACCAUGAAUGA